CUAUCCGGUCAGAUGGAAAUAAGUCUGAUAAAGUUUUGCAGUAGGAAGAGACAGACUGGACAUUUGUUGCGGCAGUGACGAGUGAAGUAUGAAGCAGCUGUCGCGACAGGUCCCGUAUGUGUCUUGACAAAUGGCGCAACGCCACUUCUCUUUUGCACGUUUUAACUCGCCUGGAGGUAAACCGUCUGCCUCAUAUCACCUCCGCCCUCGUACCGAGACGACGCCGUCUUGGCUAAGCUACGCAGCGAAGGAAACCAGCAAUGUGAUGGACUUGCCUUCUGUGGAGGAGGUGAUGAAGAUGAAGCUCGUCAAGCUGGUGGAGUUGUGCAAGAAGCUUAACUUAGAGAAACAGUGCGCAGGAUUUCAGAAAGACAGACAGUACCGGGACAUUCUGCUUGACUACAUCAAGAAAGUGUGCAGGACAAGCCUAAAGCCAACGACAGCGCCGUUGGCUGUAGCUGCUCUGCCAUUUCAACAAUUUGCUGGCAAGAAAAUACAAUUUAUUGAGCUUUGUAACCGAGUUCAGUGUUUACUUGAUGUUGAGUUUGUGAGACCUUGGUUGGAGAAGUUAAACAUACCAUUAUUAAGAGAGUGGAUGGUGGACGAAGAUUUUUUAGAAGUGAAGGAGUCUUGCACAAAGGGGAAUCCAACUUUGCUUGUGGCAGGGAGCACAUCGUCUGGCAAAAGCACACUGCUGAACGCUUUAUUGGGCGAAUCAAUUCUUCCUACGUCACAUAAUGCAUCUACAUCAGUGCUGUGUGAAAUCAAGUAUUCACCUGAUUCCCAAAAGAAAUAUGCUAUCAUGCAUCUUAUUACUGAUGGUUGCAAGGAACAAGUACAAUUAGAUCUGACUGAUGAAUCACACCGGAAACAAUUUUGUGCUUACAUUGACAAGAAGUCGAAGUCUCGUGAUUUUCUAAGCUACUUGAAAGGCAAAAGCAAUCAACCAGAAUGCUGGAAGGUAGAAAUCUUCUGGCCUCUCAGAUUUCUGCAGCACUUCACGUUGGUUGAUAGCCCGGGUGUAACGGAGGAUGAUGAUGAAAACAGCACUGCACGAAAGAUCACAGAACAGUUCCAACGAGAUGUGGCAUGUGGAUUUAUAUAUGUGCUGGAUGCAACAAGAGCAGUAGAAGAAGCUGGUCAGGUUGGAGGUCUUUUAACAGCUUUGUUCAAAGCCACAAAGUGUCCACCAUCCCCUGGUGCUGCUCUGUUUGUAAUCAACAAGUGGGAUAUUCUUGACAGGCAAGUGAAAAAGAAUUACAAGGAACAAGUGUUUCAACGUAUCUCUACCCAGUGGGAUGGACUGAAGCUCAGUCAGCUAGUUGAGAUGGAUGCACAGAUGGCUGCCAAAACACAAGCGUUGGGCACUAGCACAGAUGACAUGAAAAAUUUGUGCAAAGGCAUUCAGUCAAUCAUUCCUGAAGGAGUAAAUAGCUUAUUGCUGAAAGGUUGCAAUCGGCUGAUGAACUUGCUAGAUCAAAUUGAAGAUAGCAUUGAAGGUACUAUCAGAGGUCUACGGCUUCCGACUGAUGAAAGAAUGCGAAAACAUGAUGAGGAAUGGAAGCAGCUGCAAGAGUUCAAGCAGUCGAGAGAGACUGGUGAGAUAUCAGGCCUACAGAAGAUGGUCACGGCAGGCAUAGACCAUCUUGUAAUGCAACUGACAACAUACUUACGGUCCGAGGAGGCUAAUAGGUUUGCUGUAAAAUGGAAGAAGUCUGAAUUGAAAGAAGAUGAAUUGCGAAGUUUGAAAGACAAAAAUGCCGAGUACCUGGUGGCAGAGAGAUUUUGUGAAACUAUUCGUACAUACAAAGGAUACGGAGAGUUUUCAAACUGGCUCAACCAAAAUGCUAUGUCACAAAUGCUACAGGUUUUAAGAGACAUUCAUGACUUUAAGGUAAAGAUCUCAUCAAACAGGAUUGCAAGAACAUCACCAAAGGGUCCAAGGAAGAGCAGGGCAAACACCUCUUCCAGAUCUAGUAUGUUUGAUGCAUCCACAAUUGCAUGGGCUGUUCCUACUGCUUUACUAGGAGCACCUGUUGCUCUGGCAGUUGGAGUUGUUGGGGCUCCCAUAUAUGCUGUUAUUCAGCUCAUUCGUCACAUUAAAUUUAAGAAAGCAGUAGACAAAGGGUAUAGGGAAAUGGUUGAACACUGCUGUAGCAAGAGCAGUCGUGUUCUUCGUGAUAUUGUGACUUGUUUGUUAAGAACUACUCUUGAACCAGCAAAGCUAGCUCUGACAGAGAUUCCAGAACUGAUUGAUGAUUUGGAACGAGAACUGGAAGCUCGAGUAAAACAGGAGGCAGAGGACCUUCCUAGCUACGAGAGAGCACUGGAGGAGGUUCGUGACUUGAGAGGUCAUGUUGCCAAUUUUGUACUUAGUUUAAGGGCACAUGACCACACAGUUGAUGAUUUGGAAGACUGGAAAGAUGACAAAUUGGCAAAUGAAUUAAAAGGCCAAGUUGUAAAGAAAAUUUUGAAAGGACAAGGAGCCGUAGCUUUGAAGGUGUGGGAUGAGUCUCUAGCAGAAGAAAACGCUGAUAGUUUGCUGAAAGAAAUUCAGAGAUUCAAACGUUUCAAGGGAAAUCCCCACCUGAUUUCCUUUUAUGGUUCCAUUCUGCUGCAGAAGGUACCUAUACAUUUGGGGCUGUUGUUUGAGUACUUUGAUGGCAAGACGUUAGCUGAUGAGAUCUUCAGUCCAGGCAGAGCAUCAUCUAUGCAUUCAGAAGGUUUCUGUAGGGCUAAGACUAUUGCUGUACACAUCCUCAGUGGGCUCGUUGCUCUUCAUAAGAAACAAGUUCGACAUGGACGACUCAGCUCAGAGACCAUUGUGGUUGCUGAACGAGGCAUUGUAAAGAUUGCUGACUUAGGUCUUGCCAGACUCGGACCUGUUGCAUCAAUAUGUAGAGAUGUUGCGUACAUGUCUCCAGAAUUCCUUGAGGAGCAGCCUCUUGAUUAUUCUUCUGACAUGUACAGUAUUGGAAUUGUCUUGUGGGAAGUGUGGACAGGACGACCUGCUUAUGAGAACUAUAACUUGUCUGUUACUGAUCAGACAUUCAUUGAUUCAAUACGCAGUCAGGAACUUCGACCGGAUAAAGGAGAUGAUAGCGAACCUCAUGGAGGUGAGAAUGAUGAGGAAAGCAUAAGCAUGUCUUCUUCAGAUGAUACUGUUGAUUGCAAGUGGCUAGCAAUAUGUAGCGAGUGUUGGAACUCUUCAGUAAGACAACGGCCAGAUGCCAGAAAGGCACUACAACGUAUUAAUGAAUUGAGUUUUCCAUAAAUUUGUUAGUGACAUUAGCUGCAGCAGUAGACAAGGAUCUGUGGUCUGGUGCCUGUGUGGUACCUACUCAAACAUUUAUACGUCUCUUGCUUGGAUGUUUUUGCAUGUAGACAGUAGAAUGCACAAAGAAAGCACUAUACUCUGUGUCAUUCUACAUUCUUACAAUAGAAAUCUGUUGCUUCAACAAUGCGUUUGGUUCUCUUCCUUGAAAUUAGUGCUCCAAAUGUAGAGCACCAGCACUUAUGAAAUAUCAUAUUGCCAAAAGGCAGUUUAAAAGAUAACCUCAUGUAACUUGGAUCUUCAAUCUAUCAU